CUUUCUCACUUUGAAACUUGAGACAACUCUGUCUGUCUACAUACUUUCUAUUUCUAAUCUUGCCACCGUUACAAAUACUUAGCAACACGUACUUGCAAGGUCCUAUCGCUACUAGGUACGAUAUCAACUCAGAGAGCUAUCAUGGAGACUCAAGCAACCAAACGUAACCCUCUGCCUUCCAUCUGGACCGGUGGCUAUUGUGAUGGUGGCUUUCCUCGGGGCACAUCCCGUCGGCAGUUGAACACCCCCAUUGCUCCCUCACCCAUGUCGCCACAUGGGGCUCACGGUCCGGAGGUUAUGCUUCCGCGGCAUCACCAAGAUCAGGUCACUGAGCUGGGCAGAUCUCUUGUCCAAACGCUCGGUCGUCGAACUAGCACAACAAUAUCCUCACCCCAGUCCGCUUCCAUAUCUUCCCCUCUGUCUGGCGCCUUCAACAGGAUGUCAGUCGGCGGCACCAGUGCCUACGCUGCGAAUACGUCUCUGCUGCUCUCGGGCGUCAGCGGGAAUGACAUCAUGUCCCCCAUGGAGCGGCGCAAGUCUGUCACCAUGGAGAUGAGGCAUCCUCAGACGAUUUUGGUAACCGCAGUAGCUUCGCGCAGCAGGGACCAGGCUGCCAUGAUUGGAGGAAAGGUGACCAUCAACGCAACCGUUUUCCCUCGCGUCGGCCAGCGCUCUCCUUUUAGAAUGUCGCGCGAGUUCAACCUCAAGAAAGUGCACGACAUGAUCCCCGGUCCAGCACGCCGGCCAUCGGUUACAAGCGUUCCUUCAUCCCCAGAGACACCGCGACGGACGUCUACCCUAAUUGAGAGGAAGCUAUCUUCAGUCGUGGUGAGACCCGCGGUGGUUCGGCGCAGUUUCGCUGGCGACUUUGACGAUAGCGCGAACGUCCCACCAAACACAAGGCCAAUCUCUUGGCCACACGCCCGCCUUUGCCUUCCAAUCCUGGCAUCCCUAAUGCUCUCGGGUCAACUUCGCGACGGCGACAGGAUCGAAAUCCCGAUGCCGCAUCCCGAGGCUUGGCCCCAGACGUGGGCGUACCUGUGCACAGCCGAUGGUGGCGAGGUGCACGAGAGCAUGAAGCAGAACAUUCUCUACCUCGGCGGUAAGCUUUUAGAGUGAGCCGACUGCCGAGUUUCCUUUUUUUAAUUUUUUAUUUUAGUUUUCUUGGUAUCUACUAUUGCACUUGGCUUUAUGGCUUGAGACACUUGCAGGGAUUUCAGGGCUGAGCAUUUCUUUCCCUUCUUCUUUUUCUUUUUUACUUCCGAAUGUUCAUCAUUUGGAUUUAUUAUUAUUAUUCUUGCAUGAUAGAGCGCACGAUUUUACGAACAGAUGUAAAUGACAUU